UUUGAUGCAGUUGGGGUUGUUCGGUCGUUUCGGGAUUUGUUGUGACAAUAAUUCAGUGGUCAAAUUCGUGAAUCCUGCACAGUUUUACGAAGUGCAUGCGAAAUUCGAGGAUUUCCUCAUUUUCCGUAGGUCUGAAUCAUGUGUUAGUGGCUGACUAAUCGCGUUUUGUCCAUUUGCUCAGGCAUCGUUUUUCCAGUGGUGUUCGUUUAUCACUCGCAGCCCCUAAAACUUCGGUGUGUUUUAUUACUGUGUCAGAGCGUGGAAACUUGACAUUUGUUGUUUUCUCCCUAUUAUCAACUCGGUUUUCGAAGCGGACUCUCUCCCGGGUGUUUCUUAUCUUUAUCAGUUCUUUUUGUUGAUCCGGAUCGUGCUACAGAAGCAGCAUCAUGCCAGUUCGUAAGCAAGGUGAAGCUCAUCGUGCAUUGGAGCUCUUGGAGGAUUACCACGCCAAAUUGACUCGACCUCAAGACAAGCAACUUCGACUCGCCAUCGAACGCGUCAUCAGAAUCUUCAAGUCACGACUAUUCCAAGCUCUAUUAGACAUUCAGGAGUUCUACGAGCUGACCUUGUUGGACGAUAGCAAAUCCAUCCAACAGAAAACCGCUGAAACAAUCCGCAUAGCCAACAAAUGGGAAGCCAGCGAUGGACCGAUAGCGCCCUCUCACAACGAUGUUGACGGUGAACUCAGAGGCUCGUUGUUGCCUUUGACGCAAGCAUUGAUGGAUUACGACCGAAGAUCUAUAAGUCCGCCGCAGAAAACGAGGUAUAAUGAAGACGAUCUGCCUCCACCCCCGUCUCCUCCACAAUUGAAAGAAGUGACGUCACUGGAUGGAGUACCCAGAGCCGGCAAUGGAGAGACCAAUCUCAUAAUUGACCCGAGCACACCGCAAAUGAUAAUCAGGAAUGAUCAUCAUUCUGUUCUUCCCAGUCACAAUCAGACGACCGGAGACAGUUGGCUAAGUCAUGAUAAUGAUCAGGCUCACUCACCUCUGCUGCCCGGAGAUGAAACACAGAUCAACGGGGAUGGCGAAUGGGUGUACGAGACGAUCACCCUGGAGAGGGGCAGCGCCGGGCUGGGGUUCAGCAUCGCCGGGGGCACGGACAACCCGCACAUGGGCGACGAUGCCUCCAUCUUCGUGACGAAGCUCAUCCCCGGCGGAGCAGCCGCCGCCGACGGCCGCCUCCAGGUCAACGACGCCAUCGUCAAAGUCAACGACUGCAAUCUCAUCAACGUACCUCAUGCCGCCGCCGUGGAUGCCCUCAAACGAGCAGGAACCACUGUCAAAAUGUGUGUGAGAAGAAAACGAGGAGCUGUAUCUGAUUCAGGCAUUCAAGAAAUAGAAUUAAUCAAAGGAGCAAAAGGGUUAGGAUUCAGUAUAGCUGGUGGAAUUGGCAAUCAACAUAUUCCUGGUGACAAUGGUAUUUAUAUCACAAAAAUAAUGGAAGGUGGUGCUGCUCAAGUCGAUGGGCGUUUACAAGUGGGAGACAAAUUAGUAGCUGUUAGACAUAAUGAUUAUGAAAAAAAUUUAGAAAAUGUGAUGCAUGAAGAAGCGGUGGCAGCUUUAAAAGCAACAAGAGAGCAUGUAGUUUUAGUCAUUGGAAGGAGUCCUCUCACGAGACCAGUUUCCCCCAUGCUACAUCAUCAUGACGCAAGUGAUGGAAUUCCUCCACCAGUGAUCACACCAGAAGCAUCUGUUCAUGAAUCAUCCAAUGACAUUCGAAGAGAACACCAGUCUCAUCAUACCUCGAAUUCAGCCCUGCAUGCCCCAGCAACACCUCGAGCAGUCAGUAUUGAAGAUGUCUCAAGCAGAGAACCGCGGACGGUGACGCUGACAAGAGGUAACACUGGCCUGGGCUUCAAUAUCGUCGGCGGGGAGGAUGGAGAGGGAAUCUUCAUCUCCUUCAUUCUCGCCGGAGGACCAGCCGACCUCUCCGGCGAACUCAAGCGGGGCGACCAAAUCCUCAGCGUCAAUGGCGUCAACCUCAAAGGCGCCACCCACGAAGAGGCAGCCGCUGCGCUCAAGAGUGCUGGCCAGAAUGUUACUUUAGUUAUUCAGUAUAGACCUGAGGAUUACAAUAAGUUUGAAGCAAAAAUUCACGAUCUGAAGCAGCAAAUGUCCAGAGUUGGUUCUGGAACACUUCUAAGGACUUCUCAGAAGAAAUCUUUAUAUGUUAGAGCACUGUUUGAUUAUGAUCCGAAUAAAGAUGACGGUCUUCCAAGCAGAGGAUUAGCUUUUCAAUAUGGUGAUAUUUUACACGUGACAAAUGCCAGUGAUGAUGAAUGGUGGCAAGCAAGACUCCGUCUACCUACCGGAGAGGAGCAAGGCAUUGGUAUCGUUCCAUCAAAGAAACGAUGGGAAAGGAAACAAAGAGCACGUGAUCGGACAGUAAAAUUCGAGGGUCAUGUCCCUGUCAUGUUAGAUAGGCAAUCAACAUUGGAUAGGAAGAAAAAAAAUUACACAUUAAGUAGGCGGUUUCCAUUCUUCAAGUCACAUGAGGAUAAGGCAGAAGAAGGCUCCGAUCAAGAGCAUUUGCCUAUGUCUUUCGAAGGAUCUGAUUCAAGCGUACGGCCAUUCAUGUUAUGCUACACGAGCGAAGAUCCCAGCUCUGAAGGUAUUAGUUUAAGCAGCAUUAGCAUAAUUGAGCUCCUUGUUGGCACUGAAGAAGCCAUAUUAUCUUACGAGCCUGUCACCCAAGUGCAAAUCAGCUACGCGCGGCCUGUGGUCAUCCUGGGACCCCUGAAGGAUAGAAUCAAUGACGAUUUGAUCAAUGAAUAUCCAGACAAAUUCGGCUCCUGUGUUCCACACACAACAAGGGAAAAGAGGGAUUACGAAACGGAAGGCAGGGAUUACCACUUCGUUCACUCGCGGGAAGAAAUGGAGCGAGACAUACAAAAUCACCUAUUUAUUGAAGCAGGGCAGUAUAAUAAUAAUCUUUAUGGCACCUCAGUAGCCUCUGUCAGAGAGGUCGCAGAACAGGGCAAGCAUUGCAUAUUAGAUGUUAGUGGUAAUGCGAUCAAACGACUAAUGGUUGCCCAACUUCACCCAAUCGCUGUAUUCAUCAAACCUAAGUCAAUAGAAUCUAUUAUGGAAAUGAACAAGAGGAUAACAGAGGACCAGGCGACCAAAACGUUCAACAGAGCCGCUAAAAUUGAAUCUGAAUUUAAGCCGUAUUUCACAGCAAUCGUUCAAGGGGACACACCUGAGGAAAUCUACGGCAAGAUAAAAGAGGUCAUCAAUGAACAUAGUGGCCCAACAAUAUGGGUGCCCUCCAAAGAAGCGCUGUAACUUUAACAAGCCCAUGAAUCUCAUCUUGAAAUGAAGAAUCAGUACCCACCUAAAUUAAUUCGUGCACAAUUGUGCUGAAAAUUUUGUUGAUUAUUUUUUUGGGACAAUGUUCCCUAGCUGUUGUUAGUAAAAGGCUCAAUAGCUCUUAAUUGAGGUUUCCCCUCUAGAUUUUUAGAUAUCACAUUAAGUUUUAUUACCAUUAUAGAAAGAUUUGCAUGAUACUGUAGAUAAAAGAUGGUGCCUGAACACAAGACCCGGUCACUGUAUCAAGACUGCCGCUAGACAAAAAGAGUAAAAACUGUAUCUGAAAUUUACCCGUUGCAAAUAAUUAAAUUUUACUAUUUUGACUGUUGCAAGUGACGAAGAUUACCCUGUCAUUUUACUGACUGAUCUGAUCGUUAUGAAAUGUAUGGCUGCUGCCCAUUGUAAAAGAUCUGUGUUCUCACUAACCCAGUAGGUAGUGAAGCUCAAAAUAGGGCUAAUCAUUGUUAUACAAAACAUUUUAUUCUAUCGAAUUUCUACUUUUAUUAGUACCUACCCCUGUGCAUAUUUUAAUAUUCAAGUCCUAUUUUUAAAUUAUUCGAUCAAAUAUCCAUGCUGAGUUUUGUAUGUAACUUCUAGUGCAUUCUAUGUACAAGCAAGAACUUUCCUAUUUCUUGCUCCACGAUUGUUUCAGCAUAAAUGUUAUUUUAUUUUUCUUUUAUUUUAUCGUUUAUCACCACUUCAUUGAUUUGUGAACUUUUUGCCCAUGGUAAUAUCUGCAAAUUUAUUGCAAAUCUUAGCUAAAAAUUUACUAGGGUAUGUUUGAAUAUCAACCACUUCUUAUUGAGAUACCUUGUAUCAAAACCGGUUUGUUUAUCCCGUAAAAAUUCUAGCUCUCCAACCCACAAAGCUUAGAAGAUAGGAUAUAGUUUGAUCAAGAAGCCAAACUACUGCGAUGAAUCACUAUGAAGUGUAAUAAAUUGGCGUUCGGUUGACAAAAAGGUGCAUGUACACACUGAGAUGAGCCCGGGCAAGCAUUCAGUUCUAUGGACUACAGGGCUCAUCGCAAAAAGUAGUUAUGUCCAUAUGUCAUGAGGGCGAUGAAAUGAAGAAACGCAGGAGAAACUUGGCUUACAUAUCUCUGCCUUUAGUAAAUCUAAACUACCAGCUAAUAAGUAAAUUUGUUUUUAAAAAUUAUAGUGAAUUCUUUUUUCUGUCUUAUUUGUGAUGCAACGUUUCCAAAAGCAGAAGAAACAAAGUUUUAAUGUAAUUUUGGAGACAACAAAGCAGAAAAAAUUAUAUAAGGUUCAAUUUGCCUUGUUGCCUUAUAAUACAUGAAAUAAUCUCUAUCAAGUUUUUCAAUAAUUUAUGAAAGAAAGAAGCAAGAAAUUAUCAUGGAAGUUGGAUGAUGAAAAUUCAAGCAAUUUGAUGUACGUACUUUAUUUUUUCUAUGUACUUUGACAAAAGAGGAAAUUUCAAUGCUUUUUCGCUUCACAUGUAUUCCGUUGGCUAUUAAGUCUGCAAUUAUUGAUGAAAUCGUUUUUAAAGUUAUAUAAAAAUAAGUGAGGUUAAUGAUGUUCAGAUAAAAUCUCUCUCUUUUAAAGCAUUAGCCAUGCGCAUCAAUUCUGUUUGAGCUAAUGUUAACAAAUAGAAACUUUUAAUUGCCGCAAGUCAUGGUACAAAUGAUUUUUCAUUCUAAGCCAUUGUGGUGCCCUGAAAUAAAGCCGUUUAAAAAAAAGAUCUUAAAUUGGAAAGAAGGCAUGAUAAGCAUAAUACAAUAGACAUCCGAUUGUUUGAUACGAACUCUGGUUUAUGCAAAUCGACUGAACAAGUGGUCGUGGUGGUGUUGUGUGUUCACAACCAAUGUAGAGGAAUACAUUUUAUUAAGAUACAAUAAUCCUUUCAAACACGUUAUAAGCUCUAAUUCAUUAAUUUUCGUAUGUAAUUGAGAAUUAAUUAUUUUCUCUGUGGAGUAUCUAGAUUUUUUUAUAAUCCGGGUCGGCUUGGUCCCCAUGAAUCCAAAUAAUCCGGAGUCCAGUGUAGAGCUUGAGCUUCCACUUAUCGAAGGAUGCCGUUCCAUAGUCAGUUACUAAUAAACGUUUGAAGCAAACAACCAGAAUUCUAUGUGCCGUUUUAGCUAUGUAUGAUUGACAGAUUCAAGAGGGUCAGCCUUUACGGACUCGUUAAAAACAGUGUAAUACAUCAUUAAAUUUUUUUUAUUUUUAGAAAUCAGGGCCAGUACUACUAUUACCAUUCUUGAAUUAAUGUAGUAAAGAUAACUUUAAAGUCCUAAAAAAAGACGUUCAUGGAUUGUUUAGUUAAAUUUUUGAUUUUACUGACAAUUAUCGGUAGUAAACACAUUGUGCACGAUUGUAUGUGCGUGACAAUUAUUUUGCUCCUUUGAAUUAAGUCCUCUUGGAAACAGAAGAGGCGAAAAAUGAAAGAGGAUUGGAAAGUGGAUCAAACUAUCUUUUUUGUAACUGUUUUACGUAAUUUUAGUUUGAAAUCAACUGGUAUUUCCUUAUGAGGCCAGUCUGGUGAUUUCUCUCAACAGUCUGGUGCUGCUCAUGUUUUUGUGAAUCAGUAUUAUUAUUUGUUAUGACAAUUGUUAUUUUAUUAUCAUAUUUUUUUGUGAAUUGUAACCAACACUUCCAACAUCUUUCCUGUGAAUAAAUGUGUUUCUUGACUGACAGAAAUUUAAGUUUGUGUAGUUUUUUAUGGAAAGGCAAAUGAAAGGAUCAAAGAAGGCAUAUUGAUAGCAAGUUUAAAAUACCUGUAGAUGGAGUAGUUUACCUUUGCUAAUUCCUCUUAUGUCAGUGCUCUUUUGAAGAUUUGCACAACCUUUUUAUAUUUGAUUAAUCAGUUUCUGGACAAUUUGACAAAAGUGGGCGUGACAGGUUCUGCAUCUUCGUCAAAACAGAGCAUUGAGCCUUAGAAGGAAACGAGCCAACGUCAUGUUUUGUUGACUUUUGGCCUUUGAGUAUUUAGGUUCAUCACCUCAAAAUUUUCCAAAAAAUCGUUUUAUUCUGGCAACCAGCAUGAUUUUUCUUAGCUCUUGAUUAUCAAGUUGAACAAUUAUGUCAUGUCGUAGCAUAUUUUUGAAAACUGAGGCUUUUUUGAACUCCUUGGUAGCGUUUUGAAUUUAUCAAUUCCGUUUCAAUUCCAAACCUGUUUUUAGCUUCUGUAUUCAAACUGUAGUUUGUAUGUACUUCAAUGUAAAGCUUAAAAUCAAGAUUAAGUUAGAAAUUAGUCAGGUAGUGUUCAACAUAACAAAGCCAAGUGCAUGGAUACAUUCUUAAUAGCUUUUAUCUGCAUCAGGGACUGUCAUCGCCAACACAAGAGAAUCAAGUUGGCUUCUUGAAGAGUACCCUCUAGUUUUUGUAAUGAAAUGGCAUGUCAACUGUUCCACCUGUUGAAAGUCAUAAUGAGUUAAAUGUCAAUGUAUUCAUGAUGCCCUGAUUUCUCUUAAAUUUUUUUUCACUGCGGAAGACUGUGCCUCUAGCUUUCCCAGUUGUUCGCUACAGAGAUUACUCAUAUGAAUAAUGCUGCCCUCCUGAUCUAUCCACGAAGCAAAGGUUCUUAGCGCACUCAUGCCCCAUAUUAGAGAAAGACAGGUACUUCAUUCUUGAAAUAACAAAAUUCCACACUAGGCUCUGCCCUAAGUGCAUUAGUAUAGAGAUCGAUUAUUUCAAGUAGCGAACAUUUUUGUUCUAAUUUUUAACUUAUGUAUCGAAAGAGUGAACAUAUGAGGAUUGAGGGAAAGUAUUGUUGCCAAAACAACCAGCUUCUGUGCAGGCGCCUGGGGAAAAAAUCACUAGCAUUAGAGACAUGUAUGCAGAAUGCAACAGACAAACAAAUGAAAUUACACGGUUGUUGUCCUAAUGACUUUAAAUAGUGGAUAAAUAUUGAAGCACAUGAAUUUGACUUCAUUUUGCAGUGAGGAACUACUACUUGUUUCCAGCUCAUCCGUAUAAGCACCUAUCUGCAUGGGUAACAUAAUGGAAUGUAUGUCGUUUAAAAAAUGAGCUAGAAAUAGUGGUUCCAUAAUGCAAAAAGUACAAUUUUCCUUCGAAUUUUCCAUUGUAAAUGAUGAAGUUUUUUUUAUUCCUUAUCAUUCAACGUCAUUUUGUUUAGCUGGCAAGAAUGACAGGUCAGAGAUAAAUAUUUAAAUAAUCUUUCGAUUGAAAUUUUUGAUUGAUUUCUGGGGAUUGAAUCAAUCAAGGUACAAAGUCUUGUUAUAGUGUUUUCACUGUUUGUGCAAUGUCCGAGAGAAUCAUGUUAAAUCCUUCUCACCUAACACUGAGGUAAAUAUUGCAUUGUAAGCGUGUUUUAAUUUUUUUAAUAUUUAUAGUUCAAUAACUUAGGCGUAAUUGAUACUAAAAAAGAAUUGUUUUGUAUAUUUCCUGUAAUUAUGAAAUGUGUCAUUAGAAACAAGUUAUAUAUUCUUAUUUGUAUUAUGAAUGUUUUUAUAAAUUUAUUGAUGAAAAGAGGAAAUGUCAUAGUUGAACAUUUUUCCCCUUUUUUUGUAAAUACAUCACUUCAUUAUUGAA